AUGUCUGGAAUGUUUCUCCAAGGCAGCAACUUCAUUUUAAAUUCCCACUGGCAACGUAUGAGGGUUCAGUGUCUCCACAUCCUCACCAACACUUUGUUGUCUGACUUUUUGAUUCUAGCCAUUUUUGUGGGUGUGAAAUGGCAAGUCAUUAUGGUUUUGAUUUACAUUUCCCUAAGGACUGAUGAUUUGAGCAUCUUUUCAAGUGCUUUUGGACUUGCCGUUCAUAUUCUUUGGAGAGAGGUCUCCGUAUCCUUUGCCUGUUUUAGAAUUGUGUUCGGGUGCAAAAGCAGUUUAUUGGAGGAAGAGGAGCAUCUUCAGCAAAUGACACCGGCACCAUUGGACAUGCACCGCAACAAAAGAACUUCAGCCUCACACCUGUUAUAA